AUCAGUGUUUGUCUUGCGCAACAGCUGCACUUACAGAGUACUAAAGGCAGUGCACAGAGUAGGUAAGUGUGAGUCGGCUGCAGAAUGGCAACUGAAAAGAACCCGCUGCUGUCCUUGAUUCUCACCGCCGGGCUCACGGCACUCGCAGCUACUGGGCAAAAAGCUGAGCAACCAGAAGUGGUGACCAAAUACGGGACUGCGCGAGGAUACCAAGUGAAAGUAGAUGCAGCUGAGAGGAGUGUCAAUGUCUUUCUGGGACUUCCUUUUGCUAAGCCUCCUGUUGGACCACUGAGGUUUUCUGAGCCCCAGCCUCCUGAGCCAUGGAAAGGUGUCAGAGAUGCCACUUCCUACCCACCAAUGUGUCUUCAGGACAAAGUAUUAGGACAGUUUGAAUCAGAUUUUGUUACUACAAGAAAAGAAAAGUUUAUUCUGCAGAUGUCUGAAGAUUGCUUAUACCUGAACAUAUACACACCUGUGUCUACAGAAAAACAGGAGAAACUGCCGGUCUUUGUGUGGAUCCAUGGAGGUGGACUAGCUUUUGGAUCAGCAUCACCCUAUGAUGGUUCAGCAUUAGCAGCCUUUGAGAACACGGUAGUUGUGGUAAUUCAGUACAGACUGGGUAUUCUUGGAUACUUUAGCACUGGUGAUAAGCAUGCUCGUGGUAACUGGGGGUAUUUGGACCAAGUGGCAGCUCUUCAGUGGAUUCAGGAAAAUAUCAUACACUUUGGAGGAGACCCGGGAUCUGUCACCAUCUUUGGAGAAUCUGCAGGGGGAAUCAGUGUAUCUGCUCUGGUCUUAUCUCCACUGGCAAAGGGCUUGUUCCAUAGGGCCAUUUCAGAGAGUGGUGUUGCAAUCAGGCUUUUAUUCACUGAAAGGCCUGAGGAAGAAGCACAGGGAAUUGCUGCUGCAUCUGGCUGUGAAAAAUCCAGUUCUGCUGCUCUGGUUGAGUGCUUAAGUGAAAAAACAGAGGAAGAGAUGGAACAGAUCACUCUAAAAUUUCCACUAGCGUUCAUCAGCUCAUCUGUGGAUGGUGUAUUUUUUCCAAAGAGUCCCACACAAUUACUCUCUGAGAAAGCAAUCAAUGCAGUCCCAUAUAUAAUAGGAGUGAAUAACUGUGAAUUCGGAUGGGGACUUCCUAAUAUGAUGAAAUUUCCUGAUUUUAUACAUGGUCUGGACAAAGAAGUCGCAUAUCAAGUGCUGCAGAACCAAAUAGCAGGACCACUUGAGAGAUCUAAUUCUGACAUUGUUGAUCUUGUAUUCAAUGAAUACAUGGGGAAAGCACAGAGCCGUGCUCAGGUGCGAGAUGGCCUUCUUGAUGCUUUAGGAGAUCACGUGUUUGUUUUCCCAGCCAUUGAAGUGGCCAGAUACCAUAGAGAUGCUGGCCACCCAGUCUACUUCUAUGAAUUUCAGCAUCGACCAAGCUCAACCAUAGCACCCGAGUUUGUAAAAGCAGAUCAUGGAAGUGAGAUUGCCUUUGUCUUUGGAAAGCCGUUCUUAGCUGGGAAUGCUACAGAAGAAGAAAAUAAACUUAGCAGAACUGUUAUGAAAUACUGGAGUAACUUUGCUAGAAACGGAAAUCCCAAUGGGGAAGGCUUGGUACAUUGGCCUCAGUAUGAUGUGGAUGAAAGAUACCUGGAAAUAGACCUCAUACAAAAGGCAUCAAAGAAGCUGAAAGAAGACAAAAUGGAGUUUUGGGUACAGCUGACAGAACAAAUGAGUGAAAGAAGGAGAGAACACACAGAAUUGUGAGAGCUGCAGUGGACACAUUUUCCUUUUACAACAUGAAGUCAAAAUUAAUUUGUCGGAAUGCAGAUUUUACUCUUGACUUUCUAACUCACUAAUGUGUAAACUGCUGUCAUGAUUUCUGCGAAGGGAGAGAAUCAAGGGAAGUACAAAAUGGUCAUGGAAAUAAAAAUCAAUAAUGAAGUCAGGAGGUAAAAAUAAACGGUCUUUCAGGCUCAAACA